AACAAGUCAAACAUGGGCAUGCUCAAAUCUAGUGUCUUGUUGACAGUCAGUACUAUGGCUGUUAGCUGUGCAGCUCUCGCCCAAUACGCAAGCACUAUUCGUGGACCUUCGUAUCCUUUGGCUGUUCGCCAACCUUAUGUAUCCACCUGGCUUCCAGCGGACAGCUUGUCUGGAAAUUGGCCCACAUUUUGGUAAUUAUUGAAAUUCAGUAGGCAUACAUUAUGCGAGAUUUGUAUGUUGAUGUAUCGUUUAACCCACUUAGGACUGGCGCCGUCAAAGGCUGGGAAGGCAUGAUUCGUGUGGAUGGGACUACGUACGAAUGGAUGGGUGCUGCAAGCGGAGGUGGUUCGCCGCCUGUCAGUCAUGUCGCAAAACAAAACUCUGUCACCACUACACCAACUCAAACAGUCUUCUCUCUGACUGCUGGUCCAGUCAACGUGAAUGUGACAUUCUUAUCUCCUGUAGAGUAUGAUGAUAUUAAGCGCCAAUCCAUCCCUUUGUCAUUUGUUUUCCUCACUGCUGAAUCGAACGAUGGGAAAUCUCACGCAGUUCAAGUUUAUUCUGAUAUUACUGGUGAAUGGGCAACCGGUGACUUGAGUCAAGUGGUUACUUGGAAUAUCUCUAAUUCGAAUGGAAUGAAAACUUGGACAAUUGAACGUGAAUCACCUGUCUCAUUUGGCGAAAGCAAUGACUAUCCAGACUGGGGACAAGCAGUUUACGUAACUUCUGAAGACGCUACUUAUGCUUCCGGUGCUGACGUUGACAUUCGAAGCAGUUUUGUGAAGGCUGGAAAGUUGAAUAACACCAAUGACAACAACUUCCGAUGUGCCCAAUGCAGCUGGCCCGUUGUUGGCUUCGCGUAUGAUUUAGGAAAUGUAACCAAAGCGUCCAAGCCUAUCCAAUUCGUGGUUGGACACGUUCGUGAACAGAAUGCUCAAAUGCUCAAUGAACCUCAAGAUGCUUUAUGGAAGAGCUACUGGAAAGACGCUUCCUCGAUGAUCAAGUUUUUCUGGAACGAUGCAGCGACAUCAAAGUCUCAUGCAAAUGCUUUGGAUUCCAAACUUCUAAAGGAUGCUUAUAAAGCUGAAGGACAAGCGUACGCGGACGUUAUUUCCUUCUCAUUGAGACAAGCCAUGGGUGCCACCGAAUUUGGAGGAAACAAAUCUAGUCCAGUCCUAUACCUGAAGGAGAUCUCCAGUGACGGAAACAUGCAGACUGUUGAUAUUAUGUUCCCUGCUUCACCUAUGUUUUACUACCUUAACGCUGAUCUCCUGAAGUACCUUAUGGAACCUUUGUUCUAUCAAAUGGAAAAUGGUUAUUGGCCAAAGGCAUUCUCUAUUCACGACAUUGGUUCUCAUUAUCCUAACGCUACUGGACACGCCGAUGGAAACGAAGAAGAUAUGCCUGUCGAAGAAUCUGCAGACAUGAUCUUCAUGGUGGCCAACUAUAUGUUCAAUCCAUCCACCAAGAAGGCUGAUGCCAAGGCUUACGGAAGCAAGCAUUACAAAAUUUUAAGUAGCUGGGCUGACUAUCUCUACGGCAACUGUUUAUAUCCUACCAAUCAACUCACCACUGACGACUUCAUCGGCCAAACACAAUUAAAUUCUGGGUUAGCACUGAAGGGAAUAUUGGCAAUGAAGGCUUUUUCGAAUAUUGCUGGAAUUGUUGGUAACAAGAACGAAACGGCCUUUUAUAGCAAUGCUUCGGCUUCAUACAUUAAAACCUGGGUGACGGAAUCUCAGAGCGCAGAUAAAUCUCAUCUUAAGCUUGAAUACAAUGUGACUGACGGCUACGAACUUAAGUAUAAUGCUUUCCAAGACAAACUUCUCAACUUGAAGACAGUUCCUGCAAGCAUUUAUACCGAAGAGGCCGAUUACUAUUUAACCAAGGAUGGACCAUAUGGUAUGCCAUUUGUGUCUACUCACGACUACACAAAAUCAGAUUGGGAAGUCUGGACAGCUGCUGCGUUUGGUGACGCAAAUCCAGUUUUGCGAAAGAAUAUCAUUAAUGACCUUUCCAAGUUUUUGCAAACAACAUCAUCAAGAGUGCCUUUCUCUGAUUGGUACAAUACGACGUCGGCUGCUACCGAAGGAUUCAAAGCUCGUCCUGCUGUAGGUGGUCAUUUCGCCCUUCUCGCUCUUGAGCAUCCUGCCUCAUAAUUAUUUAAAAUAAACGAGUCGAAGGCUACAUUCUUGCUGAUGGAUAGCCAUGGACUCUAGUCGUUUAUGUAUACCGAAGCAUGAUAUUUUACUAUUAUAAUAGUUAAAUUAUUUCACACGAAUUAUUAGCCGUUUUCUUCGUUUUGUAUGGACAGUAUGAAAUUGGUGACAAUAUUUGUCGUGAUGGAAAACCAGU